AUGGCGAGUGCGGUGGACGCUACGGGGAAUCCGAUCCCCACAUCUGCGGUGUUGACGGCAUCAUCAAAGCACAUAUCGGCGAGAUGCUUACAGGAGAAUGUGGCGUUCCUCAAGUGCAAGAAGAAGGAUCCGAACCCGGAGAAAUGCCUCGAUAAGGGCCAGGAAGUCACUCGCUGCGUCCUUGGCCUGCUGAAAGAUCUUCACCAGAGGUGCACAAAGGAGAUGGAUGCGUAUGUUGGUUGCAUGUAUUAUCAUACAAAUGAAUUUGAUUUGUGUCGCAAAGAGCAGCAAGCAUUUGAGAAAGCAUGCCCUUUGGAAUGAUUGGCAAACUGAACUUAUUAUAAUGCCUUGGUUACAAUAAUUAGGACAGUUUGCAAUGAGCAAAUACUGUUGUUGUUUCUGGUUUCCUGACACAAAUCAUCGUCAUUUUGUAUGGUUCAAAAUGUUCUUUAGGAAUUGCUUCAAAUAAAAAAAGAUGGGACCUUGCCUCCUUUUUAAGCA